AUGACUGCAUCCGAGACACAAUGGACUGUUGAAUCAGCUAUACCUCAAAAUGUCAAAGAUUUAUUGACACCAGAAGCUGGUGAAACCAAAAUAAAUUACGUUCUUGUAUUUUUACAAAUCGUCAGCUUACUAAAAUCCCAAAGAAGAACAGGUUGGGUUGAUCAUGGUAUACCUGAUUGUGAAUCUAUUUCCGAUCAUAUGUACCGUAUGGGGGUUACUUCAUUAUUAAUUAAAAACAAAGAUGUUGAUACAAACAAGUGUGUCAAGAUUGCUAUUGUUCAUGAUAUUGCUGAAUCAUUAGUUGGUGAUAUCACCCCAUUUGACGGCGUCACUAAAGAGGAAAAACAUCGUCGUGAAUUAGAUACCAUACAUUAUUUAUCUGAUCUAGUUAAGAAGUAUGAUGAAGAAAAUGGUAAAGAAAUUUUGGAAUUAUGGUUAGAUUAUGAAAACAUAAGAACCUUAGAAGCUAGAUAUGUUAAAGAUAUUGACAAAUUUGAAAUGUUAUUACAAGGUUUCGAAUAUGAGAAGAAAUUCCAAGGUACUAAAAGAUUAGAUCAAUUUUGGGGUGCUAGAUCAAGUGUCAAAACUGAUGAAGUUAAAGGAUGGACUGAUGAUUUAUUUGCCAAAAGAGAACAAUUCUGGAAGAAAAUUGAAGCUAGUAAAUCAGAUUGA